GAUUUUUAACACGUUGGCGCUGCUAUCGCUUGAGGGGAAAUCAAAAAUCGAGUGUCAGAAAAUUUUUCUCCCGAAUUUUAGUGGCUAUUUUCCUCAUUGGAAAAAUGUCUGGACUGCCUUCGGGCAUACUAUCUCACACCAGGAAGGUGCAGAGUCUCUACAAGAGAUCUCUGAGGAACCUAGAGUCAUGGUACGACAGGAGGCACAUUUUCCGCUACCACGCCACCCUCCUUCGAGCCAGAUUUGACAAAAACAGAAAUAUUCAGGAUAUGCGUAUGGCUAGGGAUCUCCUUGUGGCCGGAGAGCAAGAAUUGUGGGAGAAGCAGCAUUACCAGCCGAAGAAGUUCGCCGGAAGUCCAGGAGGUUGUGCCUACGAAAGAGAAGUCAUACCACCCGACUGGGUAUUGGACUACUGGCAUCCUCUGGAGAAAGCUCAGUAUCCGGAAUAUUUUGCUAGACGUGAGCAGCGUAAGAAGGAAUACGUUGAAUGGUGGGAGAAAACUUACGGAAAACCCUCUGCAACCGAAGCUCACCAUUAAUGCAAUGUAUAAAGUAAAUAUCUAGCAAGUUGUACCACUAAAUUACCUGGUUUUCUUUUGGAAAAGAAAA